AGCGCGGCGCGCCGAGCAGGACAAGCAGGCGGGCGGGCUGCUGCCUGGCGUUCGCCGCGCUGUUCUCCUUCCUCCGUUCCCUCCGCCCCCUCCGCCCCUCCGCUGGCGGCCGCGCAGCCUAGAGCCCGGGAAGCCGCGGCUCCGAGCCCGCAGCUCCGGCGUGGGGACCAGCACCGAGGAGGGGGCGGUGGGAGCUCUGAGACCACAGUCGCCACGGAGAGGCGGAGGGGGGCCCGGCCUGGGUAGGCAGAGCCGAGCGCGUAUUUGCGUGUGAGAGCGAGGGCUGCGCGGUGCUCGGUGCGGACACCGCCAGCCCCAGCCCUGAUCGCCGCAGCCCGGGAGCCUCCCGCCUGCGCCCCAGGGCGCGCGCGGAACAGCCAUGAACACCAACGAAGCCAAGGAGUAUCUGGCCCGGAGGGAAAUCCCGCAGCUUUUCGAGAGCCUUUUGAAUGGACUGAUGUGUUCUAAGCCUGAAGACCCAGUAGAGUACUUGGAAAGUUGUUUACAGAAAGUAAAGGAACUAGGCGGCUGUGACAAGGUGAAGUGGGAUUCAUUUGUAAGCCAGGAGAAGAAGACCUUACCUCCGCUCAAUGGAGGGCAGUCACGGAGAUCCUUUCUAAGAAAUGUAAUGCCUGAAAAUUCAAACUUUCCUUAUCGACGGUAUGAUCGGCUCCCUCCAAUCCAUCAAUUCUCCAUAGAAAGUGACACAGACCUCUCAGAGACUGCGGAGUUAAUUGAGGAGUAUGAGGUCUUUGAUCCUACUAGACCUCGACCAAAAAUCAUCCUUGUCAUAGGUGGUCCAGGAAGUGGAAAGGGUACUCAGAGUUUGAAAAUCGCUGAACGUUAUGGAUUUCAAUACAUUUCUGUGGGAGAAUUAUUAAGGAAGAAGAUCCACAGUGCCAGCAGCAAUAGGAAAUGGAGUCUUAUUGCCAAAAUAAUUACCACUGGAGAAUUGGCCCCUCAGGAAACAACAAUUACAGAGAUAAAACAAAAAUUGAUGCAAAUGCCUGAGGAAUUGGGCAUUGUUAUCGAUGGAUUUCCCAGAGAUGUUGCCCAGGCUCUAUCUUUUGAGGACCAAAUCUGUACUCCCGACUUGGUGGUGUUCCUGGCCUGUACCAAUCAGAGGCUCAAAGAAAGAUUACUGAAGCGUGCAGAGCAACAGGGGCGGCCUGAUGACAAUUUGAAAGCUACCCAAAGGAGACUAAUGAACUUCAAGCAGAACGCUGCUCCAUUGGUUAAAUACUUCCAGGAAAAGGGGCUCAUCAUGACAUUUGAUGCCGACCGAGAUGAGGAUGAGGUGUUCUAUGACAUCAGCAUGGCAGUUGACAGCAAGUUAUUUCCAAACAAAGAGGCUGCAGCAGGUUCAAGUGACCUUGAUCCUUCAAUGCUGUUGGACACUGGAGAGAUCACUGAUACAGGAUCUGAUUACGAAGAUCAGGGUGAUGACCAGUUAAAUGUGUUUGAAGAAGACACCAUAGGAGGUUUCACGGAAGAUUUGAGAAAGUGUAAAAUUAUUUUCCUGAUUGGUGGCCCAGGCUCUGGCAAAGGCACACAGUGUGAAAAGCUGGUGGAAAAAUACGGAUUUACACAUCUCUCGACUGGCAAGCUCCUGCGGAAUGAGCUGUCAUCAGAAUCUGAAAGAAGCAAAUUGAUCAGAAACAUCAUGGAACGUGGAGAGCUCGUGCCCUCAGGCAUCAUUCUGGAGCUCCUGAAGGAGGCCAUGGUGGCCAACCUCAGAAACACCAAGGGUUUCCUGAUUGAUGGCUAUCCUCAGGAAGUGAAGCAAGGGGAAGAGUUCGGACGUAGGAUUGGAGACCCUUGCUUGGUGAUCUGUAUGGACUGCUCGGCAGACACCAUGACCAACCGCCUUCUCCAGAGGAGCGGGGGCAGCCCGCACGCGGACGACAGAACCGCUAUCACCAAGCGCCUUGAGACCUACUACCGGGCCUCCAUCCCCAUGGUCGCCUACUAUGAGACGAAAACACAGCUACAUAAGGUGACCCAUGAGGCUUGCCAGCAGCUCGGGCCACAGAGGGGGACUGGAGGAGAAGCGAGAGAGCAGCCCGGCUUGGUUUCCAUUGGAGAUAAAUGCAGAGGGGACGCCAGAGGAAGUUUUUCUUCAACUCUGCACAGCUAUUGACUCUAUUUUCUGAAGGCAAAAAUGCAUGUAUGUUAAGGAGAGUGGAGACAGAGAAAAAUAUUAAAAGUUCAUCCCUAACACUGUGUUUCCAUUUAAACCUUUUGUAUGCCCCCCGCUCCCAAAUCCUGACAUUGCUGUUUGCUUCCCAGCUUGACCUGAGAGGUGUCUGGAAAUCAUGCAUGGUGUAUUUGGUGUUAUCCAACCUUUUCCUCCUAAGUCAGACAGCUGUCUGCACUCACAGCAGCACACUUUUCUAUCACCCCUGAGCUAAAUUAGUACAUGAACAGCAGUGCAGUGCCCAUCUGUGUCAGUUGUGCCUUCAGGACUUACUAGGGUCUGAUCAUUCAGUUCUACUCUCUGCAGAUAGGGAGGAGUUAGCAUCCCUAACACCCCGUCACAUCUUCCUUCCUCUUCUGAAGAUCUAUCUCUUGUUACCUGAUUAAGGCCCUUAAGAUGGGGGGCAGGCCUGGGCCUCUUCCUCUGGACGUUUCCUCAAGUCUCAUCCAGCUCAGAACUGAAGAGAUUGGGUUGACGAGACAACACAAAUUGUUCAUAAGAAAUUUGAUCAAAUUUGAAAAAAUGUGAUAAGAGCUUUUUUGUAUGUGAAAUUGUAUAGCUUUUCCAAGAUAGCAAAAUCUAGACUAGUCACCGGUAACAUUUCUCUAUGCAUUUCUAUGAUACUGGCUACUUGGAAUAGUGUCGCAUUGGCUAAGUGAACAAAUUGGAUAAAUUAUCUAAUAACCUAGUCUCUUCUAUACCUGGUGGUGCAUUUGGGGAAUUAUACGUUAAAACGAAUGACCAAACAGAAUUUAAAAGCAUGCGGUGGUUUGUUAUCACAUUCACUGGACUAAUGUCAACUUAUGGCUUUGGUUUUAAAUGAUUAUCUAUUUAGUUACCAAGCAAGUAAGAAAUAUAGUAACAAAACUGACGUGGGUGGAAAGGGCAUGUCGGUACACCAUGUUUAACAGAUACCAAUGCUGUAUUUGUUCCAUACAGGCCUUUUCCAGGGGUUUGCAAACCUUUUAUCCGUAUGUAAAAUUGUGUUUCCUCAAAUCAAACUGGUGAAGUUUGGUUUCUCUUUUGUGCUAUCAGUUGCCAAAUAAGAGUUUCUUAUAUAUUCUACUGGAAUAACUGCAUCUUCCAUUCAGUCACUAGAAAAGACCACAGUUUCCGUUUGCAUGAUUUUUUUUUUCUUCAAUGGUUGUGCAGAUAAGGAUCCAUUUCUGGGACAGAACUGUAUUUUUAAAAUCUUUUUUUUUUUCUUGAAAUGGAUAUG